AUGUCUAAUUCCACCACCCAAACCAAGGCUGAGCCUACCGACCAGCCCCAGCAGCAACAGAAGCCCCAGGUCUUGGAAGAAGACGACGAAUUCGAAGAUUUCCCCGUUGAGGGUACGUUCACACCACCUCUACGCAAACACACCCCAACCCUCACCCCGCCUCAAAACCUCGAAUACGAAUCAAAGCUGACAAUGACGACAGACUGGCCCCAGGAGGAAGCGGAGCAAGCCGCCGGCUCAGCAGCCAACGGCGGAAAUGAGCACCUGUGGGAAGAGAGCUGGGACGACGAUGAUGCCGCAGAGGAUUUCUCUAAGCAGUUGAAGUACGCCGUUCCCAUGUUGCGGUUGCUGGCAUCCUCACCACGCCAACAACCCCCACACUUGAAGCAGAGGCUAACGAGAUGA